AUGGAUAUUGAAAUACUUUUAUUAUUAAUCAGACGUCACGAAUCGUCACCAAGUCCAAAAGAUCUUGCUCUAUAUAGUAUAGCAUUAAAUUCAUUGUGUCGUGAUCCCAGACAAUUUUACGGUCUCGAUUUAAUAAGUAAUAUUAAUCAUCAGGAAACUUUAAUAGAUUUGGAAUUUGCCGUGUCUAGUCUGGCAGUUUGUACCUCAGGUACUCACGUUAGAAAAAGACAAAUUCGAAGGUUGCUCGACAUAACCGAACAAAAUAAACAGACUAGCGUUGAUCACAGGAAUAGAAAUUUACAUCAUUAUUUGGUUUAUCCAACUAAAAAAUUAGGAAAAUUACAAAAAGAAAAUGGAAGUUUUGGUGAUUUAAAAUCUUCGGCAUUUGCCAUACAAGCAUUACAAUCGACGGAUCCAGGUGCACGUCACUGGAAUAAAACUUCUGCUAUAAAUUAUGUUAAAAUGCAACAAAACGAUGAUGGUUCGUUUGGAGACGAUGACAUUGUAUAUACGACAAUAAUGGUUCUUUUGGCAUUAGGACCGCAAGGAUUAGUCAGCAUAAAAGAUAUAAAUUGUCAAAAUGAAAAAACUAAAAAUUGGUCCUCUAAUCCUCUUACACUUUAUUCAUCGAGCAUGCCCAACAAAAUGACAGAUAAUCUUAACUAUAAUAAUAAUAAUAAUAAUAAUAAUGUAAAUAAAACUCAAAAUUUACAACUCGAAACGAAAGUGACAAAUUUGACAAAUUUAAAUAAGAUCGAAAUUAAUCCGGAUGAUAUCGUAACAGUAUCUUAUACAUUAUGGGUUGGAAGUAACGUAACGGAAAUAUAUAAUAUUAAUAUAACGACGGAAAAUAACGAUACUUUUUACAAUGUUAUGCAAAUGGCCGCUCAAAAAGAUAAUCAUUUUUCGUUUCAAUCUACGGAAUGGCCCAACGGUCACUACGUCCAUACUUUAGCCGGUUAUAAAGAAGAACCCAUGAGUUAUCAUUAUUGGCUCCUUUAUAAACUUCCCAUGCCCCCCGAUUUAACAUUACCACCACCAAAUCAAUUUGUUGCUCCGGUUGGGGUCGAUGAACUUCUCUAUUUAUUAACUCAGGUUGAUGUUACAUUCAUGUAUUGA